CAUCAGAGCCCUUUCAUAUUAAAGUACUAAGAAUUAGACCUGUUUGGAUUUUCACUUCGGCACCAAAAAAGAACCCUUUUGGAUUCAGCCCAAAACUCAUUGGAUUUUGGGUUUCCCAACCAUUGUUCCAUGAAUGAGUGGCAAAGACAACAAUAAAAGGGACAGAAUCAGUGUCUUGUCAUCACAUUUCACUAGUUCCAGCCCCAUGGCUUCAGAGAAGGAAGCCGCUCUUGCUGCCACUCCCUCUGAUGCUGAUGCUCCAACCAUAUUUGACAAGAUUAUCAAUAAGGAGAUUCCUUCUACUGUGGUUUAUGAGGAUGAUAAGGUGCUUGCCUUCAGGGACAUAACUCCUCAAGCUCCUACACAUAUUCUUAUCAUUCCUAAAGUGAAAGAUGGGUUAAGUGGUCUAUCCAAGGCUGAGGAAAGGCACUUCGAUAUUCUCGGCCGCCUUCUUUACACCGCCAAGCUGGUUGCAAAGCAGGAAGGUUUGGAUGACGGUUUCAGGAUUGUGAUCAACGACGGGCCAAAGGGAUGCCAAUCAGUUUACCACAUUCAUGUGCACCUCCUUGGGGGGAGACAGAUGAACUGGCCUCCAGGCUAAAAUGUUGGAAAGGAUUAGAGAUGAGAGUAGUAAUAAUGUGGUUGUACUAACUUUCAGUAAUGGUUUUAAGACAACUAAUAAAUUGCAACAUGUCUGUACUUGAAGUGACAAGUGAUUAAGGCACAUUACUGGUGUUUCAUGUAUUUAAACUCUUUUGGUGAAUGCAGGCUAGUUUCCAAGGUUGUUUUCUAAA